GGUCUAACAUUUGCGCCGAAGAUUUUGUGAUGUUUUGCUCUUCCAUUCAUUUUUAAGACAUAAAACAUGAACAAAGGUUGGCUGGAGUUGGAAAGUGACCCAGGGCUUUUUACCCUCUUGGUUGAAGACUUCGGUACCAAAGGUGUUCAAGUGGAGGAAGUUUACGAUCUGCAAAAAUCUAUUGAUGGGCCAGUGUAUGGAUUUAUCUUCCUCUUCCGCUGGAUAGAGGAGAGGAGAUGCCGGCGGAAGACAAACACAGAAGAGGAGUCUUUUGUUGUGAAUGAUGAUGAUGUGAACAGCAUGUUCUUUGCUCAGCAGAUAAUCCCAAAUUCAUGUGCCACCCAUGCCCUUGUCAGUGUUUUGCUAAAUGUGGAGAAUGUGUGCCUGGGAGACACUUUAUCUGAACUCAAGGAAUUCUCGAAACACAUGAACCCAGAGGACAAAGGUCAUGCUAUUGGAAACAUGCCAGAAUUAGCUAGAGCCCACAACAGCCAUGCCAGACCUGAACCAAGACAACUUCCAGAAAAACAGCAGGGUGUUUCAGCUGUUCGAACCAUGGAAGCGUUCCAUUUUGUUAGCUAUGUGCCAAUCAACGGGCACCUGUUUGAGUUGGAUGGACUCAAGCCUUACCCAAUUGACCAUGGACCCUAUGAAGGUGAUUGGACAGAGAAAUUCCGCAAGGUGAUCUCUGAACGAUUGGGCAUGGCUACUGGGGGCGAACCCUACCAUGAUAUUCGGUUUAACCUUAUGGCAGUGGUGCCUGACAGGCGCCAACAUUAUGAACAAAAGCUGACUACCCUGAAAACUAACAGACAAAUCGUUUUGGAGGCUCUGCAGCAGCUUCUGGAUUCUAAGAUGGUGAAAGUGACCACACAUGGUAUAUCCGAGGGAAAGAGUCAGUUUAGUCCACCUCUCAAACAACUAACAAAGAAAGCUGCACCUCUAACCAGUGGCAUUGACAGCUCUCAUAUUAUUGGUCCACAGGGCGACCAAUCAAAUGCUGAGGACAGUAAAAUUGAAACAGGUGCUAAGAUUCGAGCUGCUUUGGCCAGUCAUGACUAUGCCAAAAGCCCAAACGGACUGGAUGGCCAAGGUAGUGAGGAGAGCCAAGAUGUGGAUAAGACUGAUGUCCAUGGAGACUACAUGGCUGGCACAGGACAGUCCACAUCAGGCACCCACCAGCCAUUAGAGGACCACAUUCACCAGUCACAAAACCAACAUCAGCAUUAUCACUCUGUCAGAGAAAAUAAACUGAAAAUUCAAAUCUCCGUGGCAGAUGAGAAUGGUGGUGGAAUUGUUAUCCCUAAAACUGUGUCCCUGACAGACGUGACAAAGCCAUUGACUAUAGAGACAAAGUUUAGCGGCUCCUCUGGCCCUAGCAGUGAAAACACGGACACUGCCUCUGAGGUGGGUAGCUGCUUUAGCUCACCCAACAGCUAUCCAUCUUGCCAGAACAGUCCUAACCUUGAGCGCUUGAAUGAACGACAGUCUGCAGAUUUGGUCGCAAGGUCUCUCGGCAGUGGAGAAGGAGAGCUGGCUUUGCCGAAGGAGCUGCAUUUCUCCCUUCCUGGUCAUGAGGACAAAGUAAGAGCGAUCAAAGAUGAACCAAAAGGCAGCCCAGGGGCAAAGUCUGAGCCAGGAAGUACCUGCUCCAGUACCAGCUCAAAAACAAAAUUCAGUAGUCAACAUGGCUUUAAACCAAAGGACCUGCUAGCAUUGCUUAAAAAUGUUGAAAAUGAAAUCGCUAACUGUGAUGACAACCUGCGAGAUGAAGUAGAGAAAAGGAAGAAGUACAAGAUUGAUGACUGUCGGCGUACCCACAACUAUGACCAGUUUAUCUGCACUUUUCUACAUGCUGCAGAGCAGGGGCAGCUGUCAGGACUUGUGGAACAACACAUGCUCGUGAAGCGACGACAAGGAGUAGCCCCGGGCCGUCUUCACAAGAGUGAGCGACCACAAAGGCCACGACCAGCCAGAACCAAACGCAGACGUUGAUUGCUUGCAAUUUUAUUCCAAAAGUGCAACUAUUUAUUUGUGAUAUAUUAUGUGUAUUUCUUUUUCUCAGAAUUUUUGUUUUCAGAAUAUUUGAUAAACUUAUACUGUUCAUUAUCAAAGAUAGAAUGGAAUUCAUGCAAGCAGUGACUGAAUCAGAAUAUUAUGCUAGGCCUUAACAAGUCUGCUUUUUGGAUGGUGAUUUCAAAAUAAGUAGAUUGUAGAUUUGCAUUUGUUGUUCUAUCAAGACUUAAAUUUUAUGAACAUGUUCCAAUGAAACUGAUACAGGCAUUUAAAACUGAUUUUUUUUCCCUCGUCUAAUAAAGUAUUGUUUUUUUAUGGUUGGAUAUAUUCAGCUAGAUAAAAUAUGGUGAUCAGAAGAACUCGACCUAACAUUAUUUUGAACUUUGAUGUCUUGGUGCCCUGCUGAGAUGACACUUGAGAUGGAAUCUUCAAAAAUCUAAACUCAAACCAUCUGUGAAAUAUGCAGAUGCACUGGUAUGAACUCCGUUUAAAUGGAGUUUGUUACAACAGCUACAAAAUCUAAUGGAGAUAACUUGCAUGCCUUUAAUGCUGCUCCAAGAAUGUUGUUUCAAACGAAAGCUAUGCUUGUGGUGUUAGGUGUUAUAAUCUGUGGAAGGCUAAGAUGGGAAGACUAAUUAAGGUGGAAAGGCUGUGAAGUACAGGUCACAGUGACAGCAGUAACUCUUCCGACAUGCUACUGCUAAAUAUAGACCCUUUUCCCAUGGUGUUUGGUUCAGAACGGUCGGUUCAUGAAGUAUCGAUAGUGUAGUGUGAUUUGUAGUGAAAUAAUUGAUGGUUGUUUUUCUCAUCCGUGACCUGCUGAUAUCAAAAGUAACCAGAUGUGUGUGCAAAAUAGUGGCUGACUGAGUGAUGUCCGAUAGUAUUAUGAGUUUAGGAUAAAGGAAACUUUUCUUAUAUUUUCAGUAAAAAUCUUUCAGAUGUAUUGUGAUGUAUUGUGUGUUCCUUAUCAAAUGUUUGGAAUAGUUUUAUAUUUCUUUUGGAGAAUGUGAGUUGAAUGAUAUGUAGAGUCAAAGAAUAAAGA